AUGUCCGUGUUACGCUCGCGCAGACGAAGAGCUUCACUUGAGGACCAAAAGACCUUCUGGUUGGAAUUCCAAGUCUGCCAUGACGGCGUCACCCCGUUCCCAGAUUCACUGCCCUCAUCAAUGUCACCCUCCUCCUCAUCCCCAGCCACAUUCCCUCUCUUCCCCACCCUGCCCUCUGAGCUCCGCCUCAAGAUCUGGGAGCAGCUCCUCCAGCCCCGCAUCGUGAUCGUCGCCUGCUUCGACGCCCAAGACGUAGCCCCCAAGCGCGCCCAGCUCGCCCGCCGCCGCGACCUGCGCCGGGCCCCCGUACUCCUCCACAUCUGCGCCGAGACGCGCGCCCUGGCCCUGCGGCACUACGAGCUGGCCUUCUCGUGGCGUGUGCCGGGCAUCCUCGCCGCACCGCGGUCGUGCGGCCCCCGCGUGUGGUUCGACUUCAGCUCCGACGCCCUGCUUCUCCUCGGCGAGCUGGAGCCCUAUGACAGCAGCAACAUCAACGCGCCCAUGGUGUACUUCUUGUCCCGCGCCGACACGCACCGCGUGCGCCACGUCGCGUGCGCCUUUGAGGAGUUGCACCUCGGCGAGGUCGAGGCCGAGCAGAUCUUUGGCAGCCUCUUCCACGUCAUCGACGGGUUCCCGGCUGCCGAGAGGCUGCUCAUCACCAGCACCGAGGACGACCUGAAGCGGCAGGCGGAGGCGCGGGGCGGCAUGCCGCUGGACUUUGGCAUCGGACGGGCCGAGAAUAUCGUGCAGAAGAUCUGGUGGGGGUGGAUCAAUGGGACGAGUGUGGUCACGAGCCGGAUGCGGGAUAAGCAGAUAUUGAUGGUUAGGGAGGAUGGAUUGGCGGAUUUUGUGGUGGAACAUGCGUAG